UAAUUUUAUUACCAUACAUUCUUAUUGAUCUUAAUGUAAGUAUUUUUUCUUUGUCAGGUGAGAGAUGACAGGUGUGAGGUGAGCAGAAGGACUUUUAAAACACUGUUCUCCAAUAAACUUAAAUAGGAACGUUAAGGCUUAUUUCUUAUCUUCACUUGUUUCUUAAGAAAUCUCACGUGCAAUGUAAAGGACUUUAAAUAGUUUAAUGUGAAUGCAUUUUGAAAGUAUGCCCAGUCUGGAGGACCUUUUCCAGGUUGAGACUCUAUAACCAAACAUGGGAGCGAAGCAAACGAAGGCUGUGGGACAGGAGGCUGGAGCGAGCCCUCAGAGCACAGGAUGGAAACGGACCCCCACAAAAGACAGAGGUGACAUCCUUACCUCUUUAAUGUUGAGGUCAGGAGACAAACUGAGAAGCAGCGGGACUCCUCCUCCCUACCAGCGGCGCAUCGGGAUGAUACAAGAGAUGAUGCUGAUGGCAAAGCAGGGGAAACAUGAUGAGGCGACAGAGAUGCUGAAGACUCUCCGGCAGGAUCUGGGAAUGGAGUCAACCUCUCUGGACGAUGUUCUCUACCGCUAUGCCAGUUUCCGCAACCUGGUGGAUCCCAUUACCCAUGACCUCAUUAUUAGUCUGGCCAAAUACAUUCACUGCCCAAAGGAGGGAGAUGCUUUGGGUUCCAUGGAGAAGGUGUGUCGUCAGCUGACCUACCACCUGAGCCCACACUCCCAGUGGAGACGGCAGGGGCUGCUGAAGAGGAAGCCACAGUCCUGUCUGAAAUCAGUUCUUUCAAGCACUCCAUCCAGUGGGGCAUUAGACCUGUCUGGCAUCCCUCUUGGAGUGAAAGACAUGGAGCGUCUCUGUGCCUACCUUCAUCACCACGCGUCCCGCAUCGGCAGCAUAGAGCUGGGCUUCACCGAGCUCACAGACGAUGCCUUCCUCCUGCUCCUCCCCACGCUGGCGUCCCUUCCCCGCCUCGAGACUCUGGCCCUCAAUGGCAACAGGCUGACCCGUGCAGUGCUCAAAGAGCUCACGGACACGCUGAAGGACCCGGACAGCUUCCCCAGCGUCACCUGGAUCGACCUGGGGAACAACGUGGACAUCUUCUCCCUCCCACAACCGUUUCUGGUGAGCCUGCGCAAGCGCUGCCCCAAAAAAGGCAACCUCCCCACCAUCCUGGAGUUCGGCGAGAGCCAGGCCAGCGAGCCGGAGGGCAGAGUGGAUGAGGACGACGCCGAUGAUACGAACAGGACAGAGAGCAUGGGAGAGCUCAGAUCUGAGGUAGAAGAAGAGAUUGACGGUGAAAUGGAGAUCGAGGACAUGAUGGAGGAGUUGCUGGACUUUGACAGGGAGGUGCAGGGCAAGGAGGAAGAGGAAGACAGUUUGUGGACCUUGGAGGAGCAGCGGUUGGUAAAAGAUCCGGUCGCAAAGUGGAGCAAAGAGAAGAGGCCGCCCAAAGCAGAGGGUGAAGAGUACUUUCAAAGCCAGUCUUCCCAUCUGUCUUGCUCCAGUCCGUCACAACACUCCUCUGGAGCCAUUGAGCCUUUAAGAGAAGACUCUGUCCCUGACCAGUUAGCAUGUGAUUCGUACAACCCUACCUGAUUAAAGCCACUGUCUAAUUUGGUUAGAGGCUAUAACCUUAGUCCCUUUAAGAAAAAGAGAGUGCAAGGAAGAGUGUGACAGGCUUGUUUUCAGACUGGGUUGUCCAAGAAGUCAUGUGAUUCUGCAGGUUUUAUAGGUUUAACAAUCGUUGCGGUUGUCUGUUGUUGCAAAGGAGAAAUGAAUUACUUAUGAGGUACAAAAAUAUCAAAUAUACUUUCUCAUUCAGGUUUUCCCCUUCACUGUCAUAACCAUGAACCUCUGUGCCUAUGUGCCUGUUCAAAACCCUGCUGGAGAGGCAUGUGUGUAGAUGUGAUCAGUUUUAACAUGCUGGAUAUAAGCAGAUUGGCUUGGGUUUCGUGAAUCAAUGUAACCAUAUAUGCAUCUGAUUGUUGCAAGCAUCACAUUUUCUCCUGCAGUGGAAAACAACCUAAAUUCUAUUCAGUAUCCCCCAGACGUGAAUAUGCAUGUCCCGGGUGUCAGGUGGAUGGGACGCAGAUGAGAUCAUUUUAAGUGCCCCUAAUUUAUACAGUGGAAAACCAAAAUCUCUUGUCACAGUGUUGGCCCAAAAUCAACGUGUUUGUAUGAUACAGAGCAGCGGGACUUAAGCCAAAGAGAAAAGACUCGCUAUACAGAACAAAGUGUCGAUUGGCUACACAGUAUAAUGCUGAUAAUCUGUUUUUGUUACUUGACAUGGAUUUUGAAGACUAUGUGUGGUUUCUUAGCUCUAUUCUUUAGAAGAGAACCUUUAACCACUAAAAUGAUAUUGUUUCAUUUUUAUUUAUCCACUGUUUUUAAAAAAUAAAGGUAUUUCAUUGUAUAAA